GUGCCGAUUUGUUCGCUCGCUCGCUCGCUCGCUCGCUCGCUCGCGAUCGUAACGAUCCCGAGAUUCACAUCGAUAUCGAUCGAUCAUAAUCGUCGUCGGUACACCGCGCCGUGCUCCGGUAACGCGAAAGUGCUGCAUUCCUGCUGGUUUCUUGUGUUCCCGCGUUCUCGCGCCGCACUGCGCCGCAGCUUCCGGAAAUAACGCCGCUCCUCCCCGCUGGCUCCCCGCGCGGCAGCCCUUUUUCUCUCUCUAUCUCUCUCUCCCUCUUCUUUCUUCCCUUCGUCUUCGCUCUUCCGUCAUCCCACGCGCGUCAUACCCCACGCGCCACGAUCUUCUUCCCCUUUCUGCUCGGUACAUCUCUUUUUUUCCCUCCCAUCCCUCUCCGCUCGUCUUAUUCCUCUCUCUCUCUCUGUCUCUCUCUCCAUCUCGGUUUCCGCCACCCGCGCUUUGCCGCCCCCGUGGCAUGUAGAAAACCCCUGUACCUUCCUACCUACUCUGUCCUCUCUCUCUCUCUCUCUCUCUCCCUCUCACCGUCCUCUUUUGCGCUCGCGUGGGUACCGUCCCCCGUCCGGUACAUAAAACCUCUUGGAGAUAUCUUCUCCCGGCGGCCGUGGCGGAAAAAGAAACCCAAUAUUUCAUGGAGACAGAUCGUUAUUGGGGCGUGCACUACAGCGGCGGCAUGGCCGGGCAGCACUACUGCCUGCGCUGGAACAACUACCAGUCGAACAUGACGUCGGUGUUCCACCAGCUCCUGCAGACCGAGGCCUUCGUCGACGUCACCCUGGCAUGCAACGAGGCCUCAUUGAAGGCGCACAAGGUGGUGCUGUCGGCCUGCAGCUCCUACUUCCAGAAGCUCCUGCUGUCGAACCCCUGCAAACACCCGACGAUCAUCAUGCCGCAGGACGUCUGCUUCAACGACCUCAAGUUUAUCAUCGAGUUCGUCUACCGCGGCGAGAUCGACGUUUCGCAAGCGGAGCUUCAGUCGCUCUUGAAGACGGCCGACCAGCUGAAGAUCAAGGGUCUGUGCGAAGUGCCGGAAAACAGGGACGGUCCGCCACCCGUGAGCCUAAGUUCGCCGCCGAGGGAGUCCGGCACUCCGAGGUUGAACUACACGAAACUGAAGAAGCACCAUCAGCGAUACAAGAGACCCAGAAUCGAGCGGCCGGCGUUCGAGUCGCGUUCCACCGAUCCGAGACAUUACGAUCGCUACAAAGAGGAAGGGUUACAACCCAACAACGAUUACAGCCGCGAUAACAAAGAGAACCAUCGGGACUGGCAGGUUGAAGAUGACGAGUGCACGGAGACAGCAACAACAGCAGUAGCACUGGAAACUUGCCAGCGUAAUAAUAAUAACAAUAACAACAACGGUAACGGCACGAGUAACAACGGUGACAUGUUCUGUCACACAGGGCUAGGGCACUAUGGCCACCAUACGGAUCCCGGAGACGUCGAUUUGCCCCCCGAGACCCAACCCACUCCACCUAGCGCCACCCUGGUCGGCACCACCAUCACCCAUCUGAGGGAUCCGGAUCAUCAUUCUACAGAGAUUCAAAAUUGCGACAGCGUCAAGAUCAAGUUCGAGACGCUGCACACGAUGGACUCCUCAGACACGAUCGACAUAGACAGUCACAUGUCGGAUCGGGCGAGCGCAAGUUCGAAGAACGCCGCUGAUAACGACAACAUGAUAAUGAUAACACCGGAGUUGCUGGGACUGAUGCCAUCGGGCAGCUCCGGCCAGUCGGACUCGGGUGAGACCAACUCGAGGGGGCACAGUGGACAGUCCAGCUCGCAUCAUCACAGCUCUAAAUCGUGGACGCAGGAGGACAUGGACGCGGCUUUAGAAGCGCUAAGGAAUCACAACAUGAGUCUGACUAAAGCUUCGGCAACAUUCGGUAUUCCCUCGACGACUCUGUGGCAACGGGCACAUCGGCUGGGCAUCGACACACCGAAGAAGGACGGUCCGACGAAAUCUUGGAGCGACGAGAGUUUGAACAACGCUUUAGAAGCGUUACGCACCGGCUCCAUUUCAGCUAACAAGGCGUCCAAAGCGUACGGUAUACCUUCCAGCACGUUGUACAAGAUCGCUAGGAGAGAAGGUAUCAGACUGGCUGCACCAUUUAACGCGAGUCCCACCACGUGGACACCUGCCGAUCUGGAUCGUGCUCUAGAAGCAAUAAGAUCCGGUCAGACGUCUGUUCAGAGAGCAUCGACGGAAUUCGGUAUACCUACGGGAACUUUAUAUGGAAGAUGCAAGCGAGAAGGAAUCGAGCUUAGUAGGAGCAAUCCCACGCCGUGGAGCGAAGAUGCUAUGACUGAAGCUCUCGAGGCCGUCAGAUUAGGGCACAUGAGCAUAAAUCAAGCAGCGAUCCACUACAAUCUGCCGUAUUCGUCACUAUAUGGGCGCUUCAAAAGAGGCAAAUACGAGGAACCCGUCGUUGGCGACCUCUCGCAGGACGGCACCAGUCCACAUUUCCAUCAAAGUCCCAACCAGAAUCACUCAUCCGCCCUUCCAGAUCAAAUGCCCUACCCGGGCAGCUGAAACUUACCUCUUUACUAGAGUAUUAAGUUAGCUUAAGCUCCGAACUUUUCAAUUCGCGGCAGCUCCUUAAACAACUCUUUAAGCAAACACGCGCGCGGGCAGCAUCAUUCUAAGAGAUUAAAAUCCAAUCAGAGAAAUAGAAUGUCAUUACAAAAAUACAUGCCUACGAUAGCCGAAGAAUGAAGAUUUACGCGCAGUAUUAAAAAUGGAUCGCCGUAAACAACCAUGUACAUUGUAUGAUUUUUAUGUCGGAACGAGAAAAACGUAGAAUAUGCUAAUUUAUAAGAGUUAUUUAUAAAAAAGCACACUGUACAGAGACCGAACGGGGAUUUCCCCAACGAAAACUACUUUAGCAUAUAAGUCACUUAUGAAGCGUUAGGUGAGGAUAGAUAUAACGAACAAAGGACAGUAUCUUGUUGGGCGAAAUCGUACAAGAAAAGUAAUAUCAUUCAUCAUAGCAAUUGACAACACAAGAAAUUGUAGCGAUGAUUUCCUGAAGGAAAUUACUUUAAAGUAAGAAAGCCUUCUUCAAAUCUUCUAAUCUUUUACAUCAUCAUACUUUAAUAGAAUUCACGUAAUGAAUUCUUAAAAUAAAGUGUUUCUUGCAUGAUAAUUUCGCGUAACAAGGAUACAUUCGUGAGCAUAUGUCGAGAGACCAUACGUAUAAUUUAGUGCUAGCCACAAAUUUGAAUACGUAACGACAUUUGUUAUAAUAUGCGAAUGGCUGAAACGAAAUGCUAUAAGGACAAAAUUGCGAUUUAAAGGAUUUACAAUUUUAUUCUCUUUAUGAGUUCUACACGAUAAAUUAGCAAGCGCAUUUUAUUUAUUUAUGUUGGAUAAAAUUGUGAUUAAGUCAAUACUUUGAAACUAAAACGGACAUUCUGUGUCUAUUCAUAGAACGACACUGACUAUUCUAGUUUGAUAGUAUUGGAACGCGAAAGUUUCACGAGGAAAACUUGUGCGUUAAUAAUUUAAAACGUGUAUUCCAUAUAUGGACUGAUAAUAAUUAAGGCUUUUAUUAAUUUUUGUGUUAUUGACUUCCGUUUUAUUUGUUUUAUUAACGAAAGAGGGAUUUUAAAAAAGUUUAGUUUUUCACUAAGAAUAAUGUGGUAAGUAUUUAUGGAAUAGGUAGAUAUGGCUCUUAACAAUUUCUUAGAAAAAUUUAAGAUUCCCUCUCAGCUCAACUGCCACUCGUAUAUAAAUAUGUUACACAUAUUAAUUUAUCAUGCUCACAUCAACUAUAUUACAUAAAAAUA